UUUCGAGCGGCAUAACCUUUCGUGAAGUUUCGUGUUAAUCAUAUUUGUUUUUAUUAUACAUGCUUCAUAAAAUAUUAUUGUAUAAACUGUAAUUGUGUUAUUGUGGAUUUAGAAUAAGUGAUCGCCAUGGCGGACGCGGCGGCCAGACAGCUGCAAUAUGAAUAUAAAGCUAACUCCAAUCUUGUGUUACAAGCUGAUGUGAGAUUAAUAGAGCGUCGGGGCCGUGAUGAAGCUACCGGUGAGGUGCUGUCUCUCUCAGGGAAACUUAGUGGUACUCGCAUGGGAGACAGAGCACAAAGAACAAAGCCAGAUAAAGCUGAAGAAAGGAAAGCAAAGCGACAGAAACGCGACGAAGCCUCCUACGAGUUGUCCAAAUCGAAGACAGCGCGUGUAGCGUGGGCUGAUGACACCCCGGGGGUGCUGUAUCGCCCUCGGGCGCAGCACACGCGCCACGCUUACGAAUUGUUGCUGUCGUUCAUGCAGAGCGCUUUAGGGGACCAGCCAAGGGAUAUAUUGUGUGGUGCAUGUGAUGAGGUUUUGGUGGUGCUGAAAAAUGAUAAGCUGAAAGAUCUUGAAAAGAAAAAAGAAAUAGAACUAUUAUUAGGACCUAUAGCUGACGAGAGAUUUGCAUUGCUAGUCAAUUUAGGUAAGAAGAUAACAGAUUUCAAUAUAAAUACAGCAUCUGAAGGCAACACUGAGAUCGACGAGACGUACGGAAUUAAUGUACAGUUUGAGGAGUCCUCGGAGGAAGACGAUGAAGAUGCAUAUGGAGAGGUCCGUGAAGAAGAUAAAGAAGAUGGAGAGGGAACUGAUAAUGAGAAGGAGAAAGACAGUACAGCAGACGAGGACAGUGACGGGGAGGGGAAGAGGAACGCCAUACACACAAAUCUAUCAGAGGAACAGACCCAGAAAAGAAGGGAUACAAUACUCCAUCCUAUGGACAUCGACGCGUACUGGCUCCAGCGUCGUCUCUCACGCCACUUCCCCGACGCUAUGGUCUCCCAGGCCAAGUCCAGUGAGGUCCUGAAGGCGCUGGCUGAUGCUGCAGACGACAGGGACCUGGAGAACAGGCUGGUCCUCUUGCUGGGAUACGACUGUUUCGAUUUUGUUAAAGUUUUAAACAAAUACAGACAUACGAUUUUGUACUGCACUAAGCUAGCGUCGUCGCAGUCUGAGAGCGAACGGACGGCCAUCAGAGAGGAAAUGUCUCGACAACCACACCUGCAGAAGAUAUUAGCGCAGUUGGACACUGGCAAAGGGGAUGAAGAGAUGGACAAGCAAUCAGAAGCUCCUCGUAAACGUCACAAGUCAGAAGUGGAGACUGGCGAGGGUGCAGGUCAAGUGACCGGCUCCAGGAAGGUGCUGCAGCUCGAGGACCUGGUGUUCGCAGCUGGAGCACACUUCAUGGCCAACAAGAGAUGCCAACUGCCACCGGGCUCGUUCAGGAAACAGCGGAAAGGUUACGAAGAGGUGCAUGUGCCAGCACUAAAACCGAAGCCGUAUGAAGAGAACGAGACAAAUGUGGCCAUUGAGAAGCUACCCAAGUAUGUGCAGCCGGCUUUCGACGGUUUCAAGACCCUCAACCGGAUACAGAGUCGAAUAUCGAAGGCAGCGCUGGAGACGGAUGAGAAUCUACUAGUGUGCGCGCCCACCGGUGCUGGUAAGACCAACGUGGCACUGCUGUGUAUACUGCGGGAGGUCGGGAAACACGUCAACGAUGAUGGCACAGUCAACGUCAGCGACUUCAAGAUGAUCUAUGUGGCUCCCAUGCGCUCGCUCGUGCAGGAGAUGGUCGGUAACUUCAGUAAACGGUUGUCAGCGUACAACAUGAAGGUCUCCGAGCUGACUGGAGACCACCAGCUGACCAGGGAGCAGAUUGAAGCCACACAGCUGAUUGUGUGCACACCGGAGAAGUGGGAUAUCAUCACCAGGAAAGGUGGCGAACGCUCGUUCACAAACCUGGUGCGGCUGAUCAUCAUCGACGAGAUCCACUUGCUGCAUGAUGAACGCGGGCCCGUGCUGGAGGCGCUGGUGGCCAGGACUCUGCGUACUGUGGAGCAGACACAGGAGGAGGUCCGCCUCGUGGGUUUGUCUGCGACUCUGCCAAAUUACAGCGACGUGGCUGCCUUCCUAAGAGUGAAGCCCGAGCAGGGGCUUUUCUACUUCGACAAUUCGUUCAGGCCCGUAGCACUGGAACAGCAGUACAUAGGUGUGACAGAGAAGAAAGCACUGAAAAGGUUUCAAGUAAUGAACGAUAUAGUGUAUGAGAAGACUAUGGAGCAUGCCGGUAGAAAUCAGAUUCUCGUGUUCGUGCAUUCGCGGAAGGAGACCGGUAAAACAGCUCGAGCCAUACGAGACAUGUGUUUGGAGAAGGACACGCUGGGGCAGUUUCUUAGGGAGGGUUCAGCCAGUAUGGAGGUUCUCCGCACUGAAGCGGAGCAGGUGAAGAACCCUGAACUCCGUGAGUUGCUGCCGUACGGGUUCGCGAUACAUCACGCCGGCAUGAGCAGGGUGGACAGAACACUCGUCGAGGAUCUGUUCGCUGAUAGGCACAUACAGGUGUUGGUAUCGACGGCGACGCUGGCGUGGGGCGUGAACCUGCCGGCGCACACGGUGAUCGUGAAGGGCACGCAGGUGUACUCGCCCGAGAAGGGAAGGUGGAGCGAGCUCGGCGCGCUCGACGUGCUGCAGAUGCUGGGGAGGGCCGGCCGGCCCCAGUACGAUACCAAGGGAGAAGGUAUCCUGAUUACGAACCACUCAGAGCUGCAGUACUACCUCUCGCUUCUGAACCAACAGCUGCCGAUCGAGUCUCAGCUGGUGGGGCGGCUCCCUGACAUGCUGAAUGCGGAGGUGGUGCUCGGGUCCGUGCAGAGUCUGCGGGAUGCUGUCACAUGGCUCGGCUACACGUACCUGUACAUCCGUAUGCUGCGUCAGCCCGCUCUGUACGGCAUCACACCGGAGAAACUGCAGGAGGACCCACUCCUGGAGCUGCACCGAGCUGAUCUUAUACACACGGCUGCCAACUUGCUGGACAAAGCGGGUCUGAUCAAGUACGAGCGCAAGUCUGGCCACUUCCAACCGACUGAACUCGGCCGUAUCGCGUCCCACUUCUACUGUACAUACGAGACGAUGCAGUCGUACAACCAGCUGCUGCGGCCGACCCUCGGCGAGAUCGAGCUGUUCAGGGUGUUCUCCCUGUCGGCCGAGUUCAGAAACAUCACGGUCAGGGAGGAGGAGAAGCUGGAGCUCCACAAGCUAAUGGAGAGGGUACCAAUACCAAUCAAGGAGAGCAUUGAAGAGCCGUCAGCCAAAAUAAACGUACUCCUACAAGCGUACAUAUCACAGUUGAAGCUGGAAGGGUUCGCUCUGAUGGCGGAUAUGGUGUACGUAACGCAGUCUGCAUGUCGACUUCUACGGGCGAUAUUCGAGAUCGUCUUACACAGAGGAUGGGCCCAGCUAGUUGAUAAGACGUUGGCGCUAUGUAAAAUGGUGGACAGGCGGAUGUGGCAGUCGAUGUCACCACUCAGACAGUUCAGGAAGAUGCCGGAGGAGGUCGUGAAGAAACUGGAGAAGAAGAACUUCCCAUGGGAGAAGCUGUACGAGCUGGGACCCAACGAGAUUGGCGAACUGGUCCGCGCCCCCAAACUUGGGAAGAUGAUACACAGAUAUGUGCAUCAGUUCCCGAAGCUGGAGCUGUCGACGCACAUACAACCGAUCACGCGCUCCACGCUGCGAGUGGAACUGACCAUCACGCCGGAUUUCCAGUGGGACGAUAAAAUCCACGGCCAGUCGGAAGCGUUCUGGAUCUUAGUGGAGGACGUGGACAGCGAGGUGGUGCUCCACCACGAGUACUUCCUCCUCAAGGAGAAGUACAGCAAGGACGAGCACCAGGUGAAGCUGUUCGUGCCGGUGUUUGAACCGCUUCCACCACAGUACUUCCUUCGGGUGGUAUCCGACAGAUGGAUAGCAGCGGAGACCCAACUCCCGGUCUCCUUCCGCCACCUCAUCCUGCCGGAGAAGAACCUGCCCCCUACCGAGCUCCUGGAUCUGCAGCCCCUCCCCAUAUCGGCCUUGCGGAACCCGAAGUACGAGGAAUUGUACAACGAGACCUUCCCGCAGUUCAAUCCCGUGCAAACACAGGUGUUCAACGCGGUCUACAACUCGGAUGACAACGUGUUCGUGGGUGCUCCGUCGGGCUCCGGCAAGUCGGUGGUGGCAGAACUGGCGCUGCUGCGGCUACUGUCCACCACCACCACACCGCGCGCGGUCUACCUGCUACCCAAGGACGCCCUCGCAGACAUCGUGUUCGCUGACUGGUACCAUAGAUUCGGUACCAGGUUCAAUUUAAAGGUAGUCCAGCUGACGGGGGAGACGGCGACCGAUCACAAAUUACUGAACAAAGGACAGAUUAUAAUCACCACAGCUGAGAAAUGGGAUGUGCUCUCGCGCAGAUGGAAAGUGCGCAAAAGUGUUCAAAGUGUGUCACUAUUCAUAGUCGACGCGUUACAACUGCUCGGCGGAGAAGAGGGGCCAGUAUUAGAAGUGGUCUGUUCCCGGAUGAGGUACAUCGCCUCACAGAUAGGUCGUCCGAUCCGCAUGGUGGCUCUGUCCCUGCCGCUGGCGGACGCGCGUGACGUGGCGCAGUGGCUCGGCUGCAGCGCCAACGCCACCUUCAACUUCCACCCCAGCGUCAGGCCGCUGCCGUUAGAGCUGCACAUACAGGGCUUCAACAUAUCUCACGCGGGGUCGCGGCUGGCGGCCAUGACGAAGCCGAUCUACGCGGCGCUGGAGCGCGCGGCGGGCGCGCGGCCGGCGGCGGUGUUCGUGCCGUCGCGGCGCCACGCGCGCCUGCUGGCCGCCGACCUCCUCGCGCUCGCCGCCGCCCACGGCCGCCCCACCAGGUUCCUGCACGCGCGCCCAGACCUCGUGCAGCCCUUCCUCAAGCGGAUACACGACAAGAUGCUGAAGGAGACGCUGGCGGCGGGCGUGGCGUACCUGCACUCGGGCGUGGAGCCCGGCGACCGGCGCGUGGUGCAGCAGCUGCUGGAGUCGGGCGCCGUGCAGCUGUGCGUGCUGGCCGCCGAGCUCGCCUGGGGGUUCGCGGCCCACGUGCACACCGUCGUCGUGGCCGACACCCACACGUACAACGGCAAGAUGCAUUCCUACGAGCAGUACCCGAUCACGACGGUGCUGCAGAUGCUGGGACGAGCGUGCCGCCCCCUCGAGGACGACCACUCGGUGGCGGUGCUCAUGUGCGUCGCACACCACAAGACCUUCUUCACCAAGCUGCUCAACGACUGUCUACCACUCGAGAGUCACCUGGACCAUAGACUACACGACCACAUGAACGCGGAAAUCGUAACGAAGACCAUAGAGAACAAGCAAGACGCCGUCGACUAUCUGACAUGGACGUUCUUGUACCGGCGGCUCACGCAGAAUCCAAAUUACUACAAUCUCCAAGGAGUCACGCACAGACAUUUGUCGGAUCACCUAUCUGAGCUGGUGGAGACGACCCUCACAGAUCUGGAGCAGUCCAAGUGCAUCGCCAUCGAGGAUGACAUGGACGUGCAGCCUCUCAACUUGGGCAUGAUCGCUUCCUACUACUACAUCAAUUAUACUACCAUAGAGUUAUUCAGUUUGUCGCUGACCAACAAGACGAAGAUCCGCGGUCUGCUGGAGAUCAUAUCCUCGGCAGCGGAGUACUCGGACCUCUGCAUCAGGCAUCGGGAGGAGAACAUCAUCAAGGCACUCGCUGGCAAAAUACCACACAAGCCGACGGCUCCCUCUGGCGGCAGCGUAAAGUACAACGAGCCGCACGUGAAAGCUCACGUGUUGCUUCAAGCGCAUUUGUCUCGGAUGCAACUGCCUGCGGAACUGCAGGCAGACACCGCUGCCGUACUCACCAAGGCGAUCCGGCUGAUCCAGGCGUGUGUAGACGUGGUCUCCAGCAGCGGGUGGCUGUCGCCGGCGGUGGCGGCCAUGGAGCUGGCCCAGAUGGUGACGCAAGCCAUGUGGGCCAAGGACUCGUACCUGCGACAGUUGCCGCACUUCACCACCGAACUAGUGCAGCGCUGCGCAGAUAAGAACGUGGAGACGGUGUUCGACGUGAUGGAAUUGGAAGACAACGCUAGAGCCAAGCUGCUGCAGCUGUCACCCACGGAAAUGGCGGAUGUUGCUCGCUUCUGUAACCGAUACCCCAACGUGGAGCUCACCUACGAGGUAAAGAACGAACGGCGACUCAGCGCCGGCAAGCCAAUAGUAGUUGAGGUGUCUCUGGAGAGAGAAGACGAUAUCGUGGGGCCGGUUAUUGCGCCGUUCUUCCCUCAGAAACGAGAAGAAGGAUGGUGGGUCGUCAUCGGGGAUCCCAAAUCGAAUACGCUACUCUCCAUCAAGCGUGUGUCUCUGGCCCGCACGGCCAAAGUGAGACUGGACUUCGUGUGUGGCAGCCCCGGCCGUCACACAUACACGCUGUACUUCAUGUCGGACGCGUAUUUAGGAGCCGACCAGGAGUACAAGUUCAAUGUAGAAGUGGGUGACGCUCACUCAGAGUCGAGCGAGUCGGAGUGAAUUGUUUAUAUUGAUAAUAAAGAUUGAUUCAAAUUA